UACUAGGCUAGUUCCUUCUUGUUCCUAUGCGCCAUCCCGCAGAGGCUCCCAAGACAGUGUAAGGAGAAGUAUUGCUAGAAGACGAAGCUGUACACCCGCCAGAGUCUCGAGUUCGCCCGGUUCUAUCUUUAUGGGAGUCCCAUCUACAGGAGCUAGUACAUCUACAAGUACAGUAGCUCCAACUACGUCCUCUAUAUCGCGUAACAAGUUAAGGCUCAACUUUCAAUGGUCAUCGGGGUUGGUCACUGAGAUCGAAGAGGCGGCCUCCCCUUGCGAGUAGAACAGCGGAAUAAAUAAAUGAAGGGAAAGGGGGGAGCUUUGAAGGAGGUCGCUUCCGUUCAGAGUCAGUGGCCAAUGAGUGCUGAGCUUUAAACAAGGGUAGCGCAACGCAGUUCGGAAGAGUAUCACAGGCAGAAUUAUGGGCACUGUAUAGUAUUGGAAAUUCAUCUCCAAAGUCUUCAUCUCCAAAGAUGAAGAACGAGACUAGAGGAACCCGGAGAUGAAUUCCCUACACCUCUAACAGUAACAAACCCGAACGGCCAGCUUGCUGGAACUACGUCAGAUUGCUCUUCUAGUAGAGUUGGAACAACAGCAGGUGUGCCACGAAUGCCGCCAGUGCCACGUGUUCCUGCGGAAGCACACGCUUCUUGUAAUUUGCAACUACAUUCGCAGCAUACUUAGGGCAAACGAGCAUUGCUUCGUGUAAUUAGAAGACGACACUCAUCGUAGAAGUCAAGAGCCUAUUGUUCCUCUUCCUAUCAAAACAAGAUGUUGCGAAGAACCACAUCAAGAAGAUCAUCAAGUUACAACUACUCGCACUUCAGUAGGAUGAGCCACGUAAUCAAUUUGUAAUUGAUCUUAUUAAAGUUUAUUAACCUUUACCUAUUAAAAUUAACCUAACCUAAUGUGAAGGAUCCAUAACCUAACCUAGCCUAGUAAAAAGAGACAAAAGCUUUCGCUCUGCGACAACUAUUAAGUCGACGAAGUUCUCUAAUCUUUGAUCUCCUCGAGUUUGAAGCAAAUAUCAACGCAAUGUGGACGUGAUGAGAGACGUGCACCUCCUAGCCUUUCAGAGAGAUCUUCCAAGCAGCGAUCCUCUAGUACUCGAGAAGCUUCCCUGCAACAACCUCGACGACGGAGGGAGCAGCUUUCUGCUCGUGUCACCAGACCUCCAGAGACUGGUAACUACUUCGGCGGGGGAGUAAAAACUCCCACUUGUACUACUGAGGCGAAAGAUCAUAGUAGUUCUUGUAGCACAGGUAGAAACUACAGCAGUGGACAGCACCAGGGUAGAAACAGCAGUGGGCAGGAGCACCAGGGUAGAAACAGCAGUGGACAGCAUCAGGGUAGAAACAGCAAUACUAUCGACCACAGCACAACAACUUCUAGACGCGAAGAUAACCCUAGUAGUACAACAGCAACAGUAACUUCAUCUAGACGCAAAGAUAACCCUAGAAGUAGUACAAGUGCUUAUCCUCAUCUUCAACACGACCGUGCUGUUGAUCUGCCUGCUGCUGGAGCCGCUACAACAACAGCAACUGUAGCUAAACCUUGCAGUCCCGUCAUGGCGGAGCAGGUAGAACAACAAGAAGAUCAUUUCUUGGUCUCUACUCCACCUUUGACUCGGUCCACCAUUGUUGUAUCUCCACAGACGUCGAAUUGGAAGACGACUCCUGACACAGCUACAUCUGAUAGAAAUAGCAACACUAGUACAUCUGCGUCGUGUACUAGUUCUAGCACAUCCAACAUCAACAUGAUGGACUUGGACUAUAACAGCUAUCAUACUAGUUGUAACAUGUACAUGACGGACUGUAACAUCAGCUCCUAUUAUGCUAGUAGUAGUCCUCGUAGUGGUCGAGGUCGAGGUCGUGGCCCUCCUAGAAGUUCUAGUACUAGUCCAAGACUUCCUUGUGUCCCUUCUAGUACUACAGGAGCCAUAGCAUUGCUUCAACCAGCUCCAGCAUGCACUAGUGAAGUGUCCACUACUUUAUUCGCUCCUGAACCAUGGCAAUAGCUGUAAUGGUGCUGUCAGUAUCAGUUCAGUUGUCCUCUCAACAUCUGUAUCCUGUUUGAUAAGCAUGAUGUAUCGCAGCACUUAAACUUAUGACCACAAACUAUCAACCUCAGCCUCACCCUGUUGAGGAGACCUUGUUGUACCCCAACAUGAAUGAAUUCAACCUGCUGCUACCACGACCAUAAGGAGACUACUAGACAAGAUAAAGUGUUGUAAGUAAACUACAUCAUGAUCACAAUGUUGACUGGGUCGCAUCGGAGCUCAACUACAUCAUGAUGAAGUGGCUUUUUAGGAAAAUCUUAU